AAAGUUUUAUUACUAUGCCUUACCAUGUCUGCGUUUGACGAAAUCAUAAAAAACUAUGUGCUUAUUUAAUCUGCCUGGAAUAUAAAAACAUCUAAGACCCACCAGGGGGUCAGGAGCUUCAGUGUCUUGGGGACAAUGUCCUGGCUGAAACCUCUGGCGUUGUUUGGAACGUAUGUGUCAUACAAACAUCCCAGUUAGAUGUUCAAUUCGGCAUAUUGAUUAAAGUGAGAAAUCAAGAAAGCUGACAAUGGUGUAAAAAAACGACUUUAAAAAUAAAUGGAGCUGUAACAACAAUUGAUUACAGAGCAGUGUACAGUGUGUGGAUCUGAAGGGGGGCAGGUUGGGUUUAUGACCCACUGCAUUGCCACUACGUGGCUGUUUGUUUCCGGGGCAGUUUCGGGCUGCACUCGGCACAGAGAGACCCACCUGAGGUUUAAACUUUAGAAAAGACAUUUUCGGGGGAGUUUAAAUACACCCUCGUUUGAAUCAAGAUCGGGGAUCUACUCUGUGUCCUUUGGGAAACGUUGAUUUUAAAUGUGUAUACACUGGGAGAGAAAAAGAAGUACAUUUUUCAUCCUUUCACCUCAGAUCACCACUGCUGUAGUUAGAAAGGUGUGGAGAUUGACCUUUGAUGCUGCUGUAUUGUGGUUUGAAAUCUGUUUGUCUGUAUGUGUAAUCUCCUGCUGCGCAAGCGAAAAUGGGUAAUGAUCUGUCCAAAGCAGUAGACAAACCUGAAAAUAUGCAAACUGACUCAGCAAAAGCUAAAUCAAAGACAAAACAUCUUUCUGUAGAAGAUCAAAGAACUAAUGUGAAGUUAAAUGGUCAACCUGUCAUUGAUAAGCAGUGUGCUAAAACAAACACACACACACACACAUCUGACCAGGCAUCACAGUUUAAGGCGAUGUUUUCUGUUGGAAUUGUCAGUAGACUGAAAGGAUGGGAUUUCGUGUCUCCGUUCACUUCUCUUUUGUGUGAAUGGAUGAAUGGCAUGUGGCAGUAUGAGGGAAUAUUUGAGAAAGAAAAGCUGCAAAUGGCUGAGAUAAAUGUUAACCCUAAUGGUGGAAAUCCAUCCUGUGAGUCCAGAUGCAUCCAAUAAUGUAUGCAAGUGUGGUUGACUGGUCUGUAAAAAGAUGUAGUGGUGGUGUGAGAGUGAGUGACAAAAGCUGCAAGUUUGAAUCCAGUGACUUAAAAAGGUAACUGAUCUAAGUGUCAAUGCAUGUACUAGAAGCUGAGUUGCAAACUAGAGCUUUAGAAAUGGCUAAGAUAAAGCAGCGACAUGUUGAUAAUUUGGAAUAUUGUGCAAAAGCUAUAAUGUAUGGCUGGGCAAAGCGCCAAGCUAAGAUUCCCGCUCCUCGUGAUUUGUUGAAUAUUUUAGCCGAGGUCGGGAUAACACUGCCGAAAAAAAGAAAAAAAAGAAACAAUGGAAAAGCGCUCUUCGUCUUUCUGCAACUUUUAAAUACAAGGCAAUCUUGCAAUGCAAUGAUACUGUAGAUGAACAACCAAGCACAUCACAAACUAAGGUAGAGGAUGAACUUUUCCUACAGCUACAGUAGUGAAUUAGAAAGGAAAGUCAAGAUUAUGCACAGACAGGAGAAGGAAGACAGCAGACAGUCUAAUGAGUCAGAUUUAGAAGGAGAAGGAGCCAGACCCAGAGAGGAGGAGCCUUACACAGACUUUAGUGACGAGGAAGUGCAGAUUGUAAAGCCAAAACAAAACAACAUCUCUGCUCUCCCUCUUCAAGGAUUAUACUGUUAAAGUUUAGCUCUGUUCAACUUCAUUUAAAAAGUAACCCUUUUACUUAACUUGUCAUAGGAUUAUUUCUACUGCAAAGAAAAAGUGUUUCAAGUGUUUGAAGUUAAGUAUUGUAACAAUCAUCGCAUACUAUUUUGGUGUAGUACAAUCUUCUUUAAACUUGAUUAACACAUGUUUCAACUUGAUGAAUAUGUUUCACACACUUUAAAUCAACUCAGAAUCAACUUCAACUCCAAUCAUGGUGCUCAUUAUGAAUCGAUAAUUGUGCAGUUUGUACUCAAAUAAUAAUAGAAAUAACUGUAUAUGUCAAGCUAUAAAAAUCAAACUGGCUCUACUUAAAAGCACACUUUGUUUACGCUACUACAUAAAUGCCUAAAUCUGAUGUUACACUCGAUUAGGCGAACCAGAAACACAGAGGCACAUAGGAAAACAACUUUGCCCCUGCCUCUGAAGUGUCACAGACAUCUUCAAUAAAUGCUUGUAAAAAUAAUGAUUGACAACAUGGCCGUUUAAAAACCAUGGAAUUCUGAGUUCAUGGAAGAAUAUCAGAAAAACACUUAAUCCAGUUCACUUGCAGAACUGAGUGGAUCUUGUGUUAAGAUGAGUUUGUUUUCCCUGAGCAGCUGAGGGUGGGUAAUGGCCUCACCCAAAACUUUGAUUUAUUGGUUAAAUGUUGAAGUAAAAAAUGCAAUAACCAAAUGCAUACAAAAUGUAUUGAUUUCUCAAAAGAAGUUUGUUGCAUCCAGGAAGCAAAAUAGUCUACGCCUGAAUUCACACCGUGAUUUAUACAAACAUGGGAUAUCAAUGCUGGAAUAAAGCGAGAUGAACAUGAAUGUCUCAUGGUGCAAAUUUUUGUGCAAAAUCUAAGACCGAAUGUUCAAGCCGCUUACAAACUAUCAGUCCUUGACUGGAGCACCAACGACUGGAAGUCAACUAUAAACAAAAUAAUGGCUAUGCAUAGGAAUGAUGUUUUCUCCGCUGGUAAUAAUGCUCCUAGCUCAAAACAAAUGAUGCAGUAUGUACGACAGCAGGGUGGUCAAAACAAUAACAAAAACAGGGAUAAUCCGAAACGUGGAAAUUGUCACAAAUGCGGUGCAGCGGGACAUUGGGCUAAAGAGUGUAAGAGCGGUCGUCGUCGUCGGAAUAAAUCCAAUAACCAGAACCAACAACAAGCCACUACAUCAUUUCCGGCUCUACCCGCUCCACAAGCGACUACGUCAUUUCCUGCUCUUCCAGCCCCACCCACACAAGCUGCUUACACGCAGCCAACAUAUUACAAUCAAGCAUAGGGAGGCCAUGGAGGGGCGGGAUCAGAACAACCAUUUCAUAUUCAAGCUGCAACUAUUCAACUUUCUAGUAAUCCCGCCGAAGACCCGAUAAUGCCCGUUCAAGUUAACGGAAAUACCGUUGAAAUUUUGGUAGAUAGUGGAGCAACUAUUUCUACUGUAAAAACUGCAGAGCAUGUAUGCACACCUACAUCCAACUUUAUCACCACUGUUGGUGUUUCCGGGGUUCCCAUUGCGGAACCGUUAUCUCAGAGGACUAAAAUAACUGUUGAAGGCUCUGAAGUGAUGCAUUCUUUUCUGAUAUCUGAUAAAAGCCCAAUUAAUCUCAUGGGGAGGGAUCUGCUUUGUAAACUGCAUGCUACUAUUCAGUGCACUCCGGAUGGAUUGUUUUUGACCCUCCCUGAUGAAAAAGCCGCUCUAGCAUUUCAGUUUUUGCAGAGUACGGAAGACAGUUUGUAUUGCUGGGAAUUGAUAGGUUUUAAUAUGCUUCCCAGUUUCACUGUUUCAGAUAUUCAGAAAAUCGCCAAAUCAUCUCCAACAUGUGCAACAUUGAUGUCUACAAUGAGGCCUCUUUUGCAUUGUCAUUGUACUGCAGCAUUUAACCCUUCUGAGCAGUAUAAACAAUUGGUUUCCAGGUUUUUAAAUAAACAAGAGGGGUUAGAAUGUGAACAAUGUUUGUUUGUUGGUCCGCAGGGAUGUGCCAUACCAGUCCAACUAUCUAGUGAACAGCAGAGGUUGUUUAAUGUUGAAAAUUCAUAUCCACAUAUCGUUGUGGCCGUCACACCUGGCUGUGAGCUGAAACACCUUGGAGACAUGGUGGCUCAGUGCCAGGCAUUGAAAGAAGCUGUACCAGCUUCUCAACACCAAACAGUAACAUAUUUAGGGGAGGAACUGUAUAUGUUGUCCUUAGAUGAACAUAUGCAAUUACCGAUGUCUACAUUUGUUACUCACCAGCCGCCUUUUCCCACACAGUAUGGACCUCCUUCUGAAUUGUCUGAGGUUCCACCUAUUUUGUGGGCUAAACAUAAAAAUCAUGUGGGUUUUGUAAAUUCGGCUCCACCACAUAAAGUCACACUUAAGCCUAAUGCUAAGCUACCUAUGAUUAGACAAUACAAUUUGCCUCACAGAGCUGUAGUAGGAAUUGAAAGUGUUAUUCAGUCUCUAUUGGAUCAAGACGUGCUAGUUCAAACCACUAGCCCAUGUAACACUCCCAUUUUACCAAUUCCCAAAGCAAAUCGCCCUGAUGAAUGGCGGUUCGUGCAGGACCUGCAAGCGAUUAAUAAUAUAGUGGUACCUGCAGCUCCAAUUGUGCCUGACACCAAUUCGAUUUUAGCUUCUUUACCACCUAACUCCACGCACUACACAGUCGUUGAUCUGAGUUCUGCAUUUUUCUCGAUACCGUUGCAUCCAGAUAGCCAGUAUCUGUUUGCAUUUACAUUCAAAGGUAAGCAAUACACUUGGCGACGGUUGCCACAGGGUUUUGUCGAGAGUCCCACGGUGUAUGCAGCGGCGGUAAAAAGAGAUCUAGAUGGGCUCCACCUGCCAGGUGGCUCCACUCUCUUGCAGUACGCUGAUGACCUCCUAAUAGCUUCUCCAUCAAAAGAAGCUUGCCACAUAGACUCUAUCUUGCUGCUACAGAGACUGGCCGAGUGUGGUCACAGAGCGUCGCUGGCAAAGUUGCAAUUCUGUCGACCAGAGGUGACAUAUUUGGGUCAUGUUCUGAAGGAUGGACAACGCCUUUUGUCACCGGAGAGGGUGAAACUGCUAGUUAACAUGCCUCCCCCCGCAACCAAGAAACAGAUGCUCUCUUUUCUGGGGAUGGCUAAUUACUGCAGACACUGGAUUUUUGAAUAUGCAACUAUGGACUCUGUUUUGCGAGCCGCCACACUGCAAUCAGCUCCACCCGUGGUACAGUGGACUGAGGAAAUGCACAAAGCCUUUCAAGAUCUGAAAAAUGCUCUCACAAUGGCUCCAGCGUUGGGUUUGCCUGACUAUCAUCAGCCGUUCCAUCUACAUGUGCAUGAGAGAGAUGGCUUCGCCACUGGCAUUCUGGUACAGAAACAUGGUUCUCAUUAUCGUCCUGUUGCGUACUACUCCUCUCGACUGACCCCUGUAGUUCUCGGUAUGCCAGGUUGUCUAAGAGCAGUGGCCGCUGUUGCCAUUUUGAUCGACAAAUCUUCUCCCAUUGUACUGGCUCAUGACUGUGUCGUGCAUGUUCCACAUGCAGUGUUACACAUUUUGAACACAUCUGCAACACAACACAUGACAGCAGCACGCCGCUCAGGUUACGAGGCAAUAAUUCUUUCAAGUCCCCACAUAACUUUAAAGCGCUCACCUCCAAUAAAUCCAGCUACUCUGCUACCAUUGAUUGAUACAGAUGAUGAGCAUGACUGUAUCGCCCUUAUUGAAAUGUGCACAUCUCCGAGACCAGAUCUGCUGCAAACACCGAUACCAAAUUCUGAUAUGGUUCUUUAUACUGAUGGUUCGGCUAGCAGACCAUCUGACAACGUACAUUUGGCUGGUAAAGUUGCCACUAUCUACACUGACUCGCGAUACGCAUUCGGCGCUGCGCAUGACUUUGGACAAUUAUGGAAAAUGAGAGGUUUUGUCUCAUCCUCUGGUAAGCCAUUACAGCAUCACGCGUUGGUAAAUGAUCUAUUAGAGGCUAUUUUGCGCCCGUCACAGCUCGCGAUUGUAAAAUGUGCAGCCCACACUAAAGGAAAUGAUCCUGUUUCACAAGGAAAUGCAAUGGCUGAUACUGCAGCCAAACAAGCCGCACUUUCCUCCUCCUCCAUGGUCCAUCAAUAUACCUCCACACAACCCGUCAAUCCAAUUCCAGUACCUUCCGCUAAUGAUGUCGUGAAAAUGCAAAAUCACGCUGAUGACAGGGAGAGAAGUCUUUGGUUGCGUAAAGGUUGUGCAGUUGAUUCGGAGUCUGGCUUGUGGCUCCACCCGGAUGGGCGACCAGUUUGCCCAAGAGCUCUCCUACAUGUCUUGGCACGUGUACACACAUGGACCAACACAUGUUGGAAGAGGGGUGAUAAAUGAUGUUAUUCGUUCACAAUGGUUUGCACCAGGCAUUACACAAGUCUCACAAACGCUUGUAGACAGUUGUAUGACCAGACCAGAAAGAAGAAUAGCACAGUGAAGCCUGACCAUCUGGAACCUCUGUCAGGUUAUUUUUGCAAAUAGACUGUACAUAUUAAAAUUGUUAAGGCAAUAAAUAUUUGUUAGUCAUAACUGAGCAAUUCUCAAAGUGAGUUGAGGGUUUCACAACAAGAAAAGAAGACACAAAAAUAGUUCUUAAGUGUCUGCUAAAAGAGGUGAUCCCCAGAUCUGGGGUGCCACGGAAUAUAGAUAGUGACAAAAUUUAGUUUUUGUAUAAAAAAAAUCAUGCAGGAUCUGUCAGGAAUUUUAGGGUUCAAGUUGCAGUUGCAUGUUCCAUAUCACCCACAAAGUUCUGGUCAAGUUAAAAGAAUGAACACAACUAUCAAAGAACGGUUGACCAAAACAGUACUAACAAAAGGUCUGAAAUGGCCUGAUGCACUGCCUAUUGUGCUGUACUCCAUCUAAAGUGCACUAAGUGCAACAACAGGACUGAGUCCUCAUGAGAUGUUAAUGGGGAGACUAAUGUCCACAGGGACAAGGUAAUCUCUGACACCAAACAAAACUUCUCUGCUUUGGACGGAUGAGUUUAUGGCUGAAUAUGUAAAAAGAUUAACUGACGUUUUGAAUUUUAUCAUUACAGGUGUCUGAACGGCUCACGAAACCAUCAGAGGAACCAAUUCAUCCUUUUAAUGAAGAAAAUUUUGUAUUAAUCAAAUAUCUAAAAAAAAAAUGUUUUUGUCUCCCAGGUGGAACCAGGUGUUGGUGACAAUAAGGACUUGUAUUUCCUGCGCUUUAACCAAACUGCCUAUUAACCAAACUAACCAAACUAUUAAACCUGUUAUGUUUGACUGUCCAAUUGACAGAUGUGAUGACUGUUAUAUUGUUCACCCCCUGACUUUCUCUCAAGGUAAAUGGUCGUGGACAACGCAUGACAAAGCUCUGAUUAAGACAGUGUUGAGUGUACCCAGGUAAUGAAGGUAACAUUCACAGCUGCUGUACCUUUGACUGAACCUCUGGAGCUGUGGUGUUUCACUAAACAGCCAUUGAAAAGUUAUCCUGAUUAUAAACUGUGGGCUGUUAAUUACCGAGAUGUUCCAGGGGAGGUGCAGAGCGGUAAGAUCUGUACUAUGGUGAAACUGAUAAGGGUGACAGUUUUCUAUAUACUGGUCAAUUUUCUUCCAUAAAUACACUUGAGGCAGCCAAACCUAAAUCAACAAGGCAUGAUGGAGGUACAGGUGAAGUUUCUCAAACUCUAGUGCAAAAAAAACCAAACAAAUUCGGCCCUCAGUCUAAUGAAUGAUUAUGCUCGCGAUCGUAAUCUCAGUAACUGUUGGCUAUGUCAAAAUAUGCCUUCGUCCAUACACUCACCAAUGUCUCAUCCAAUUCCAUUCACUAGAGCGGAUUAUAAAGUGUUCAACUGGAAUGAUUUGGCCACGAGAUUUGAAGAUGAAGCAGAUGAGUGCUAUAUUCCUGCCUACCCUGUAGUCUCCACAUGAUACUGAAAUUGCCUUAUACAUUGCUAAAACAGUCAAUGAACAGUACCUACUAAGCAGUUUCAGUUAUAUUACAACUUUUCCCAUUAAUCAUACACAAAAGUAUGUAAAAUUAGGUUUUGAAUGUAGAGUUCAAAUAGUUCUGGUCCAAACAAACUGUUCAAAACCUCUUGGAAACCAGGUGUGUGCAUACGCCCAGAGGUUGCCAAUCCAGUUGGUAAGCGGUAUUAUCAUUUUGAAGGUUUUGGGGAAAGGAUUCGAGGCUUUGACCUUGAUGAUCUUUCUCUUGGUGAAAAUGAUGAAGAGGAGACUAUUGGUCUGUAAAUGGAGGGUGUCUAUGUUUUCUGUUACCUCUGUGUUCCAUUUUAGGUUAACUUUAGGUAAUGAUUCUGGUUUUACUGGUUGUUUAGUAUUCUAAGAGAUGUGAUUUUUAAUCAUUUUGCCAUUUUAUGAAUCAGUUUUAAAAUCUAUUCAAUGAUGGUUUUCACAGUAAUGUAAUACAUGCUUAAAAGUUCAAAGUUACAAUUUUGUUAUGAUGAAAUGCAACUGAUGGAUAUCGACUGUUCAUGGAAAAGUUCUACGAAGAUGGAUUCCACGCCACCAUGCAUCGUAUGUGCUAGUAACCUCUCCAUGGUGGUGACCCUCUACUGUACAUAAUGUACAUGGGUCGAAGAUUUUGCAAUAUCUUGAUUUCAAUGAUGAUUGUUGUGAUUGAUUUCAAAGAGAGAAGAAAUUUGCUCUAAAAAUGUUAAAUCAAUUGUUUUAUGGAACCCCUUCUAAUUGCUAGGGUUUUAUCUACUAGGUGAAAUAAUAAAUCUGAUCUUUCUCCUCUCCCAGUGGCAUAUUUGCACAUGAUCUGUGACCUCCCUGAUGACCUUCUUUAACACCUUGGUGUUACAGGGGAUCCUCGCUAGCUUAAAGGCCCUUGUUGACCUGAAAGUGGAACUCAGACAUCAUGGGAAUGGGAUGAUGGGGUACAUAAGAGGGGUUCUUAAGGUUUUUCACUGAUUGUAUGAAUUAAUCUAAACCAACUGCUUUGUUUGAAAGAUGAUUUUUAUGGAUGGCCUUUUGAAUAACUCUGUGUGAUUACAAAUGUUUUAUAAUGUUUGUGUCAAUCCCAUUCUGACUGUACUCCCUGGUGGUCUCUAAAUUUGGUAAUUAUUAUUAUUCGGUAGUUAGAUUGAUCUUAUGAUCAAUAAGAGGGGAUUGUUAUGGAAUUUUCUCUUUUUGGGUUACACAAGGUCACGUGUGAGCCUUGUGGUCCUCUGCAGUAUUGAACAGACAACAGUGUCUCCAGACUAGAAUGUGUUG